GCUUGUCGCACUGGGAAAGGAGGUGGGGGCGGACUUAGACGCCGGGCAGUGUGGAGAGUCUAGGUUGCCUUUUGCGGUGGUAGCUGCGCCGACGAUGGCUGCUUUGUCCGGUUCGGUCCCUCGGCCGCGGCGCGGCGGCUGUUCCGUCCACUGGUUCCGACGGGGGUUGCGCCUUCACGACAACCCUGCUUUGCAGGCGGCUCUCCGAGAAGCGACCUCCGUGCGCUGCAUUUACAUCUUGGACCCCUGGUUCGCCGCGUCCUCCGCGGUGGGCAUCAACCGCUGGCGGUUUUUGCUCCAGUCUCUGGAAGAUUUGGACAACAGUUUAAGAAAACUUAAUUCCCGUUUAUUUGUAGUACGAGGGCAACCAACUGAUGUUUUUCCAAGACUCUUUAAAGAAUGGGGGGUGACCCAUCUCACUUUUGAAUAUGACUCAGAGCCUUUUGGAAAAGAGAGAGAUGCAGCUAUAGUGAAAUUGGCUAAGGAAGCAGGAGUAGAAGUGACAACAGAGAAUUCACACACCCUUUAUGACCUAGAUAGGAUCAUUGAGCUGAAUGGACACAAACCACCCCUCACUUACAAACGUUUUCAGGCCAUCAUUAGUCGCAUGGACCUGCCAAAAAAGCCAGUCAGCACCAUAACAAGCCAACAAAUGGAGAUGUGCAAGACAGAGAUCCAAGAGAACCACGAUGAAACCUAUGGAGUGCCAUCUCUAGAGGAACUAGGCUUUCCCACUGAGGGACUUGCUCCAGCUGUUUGGCAGGGAGGGGAGACCGAAGCCUUAACUCGUCUGGAUAAGCAUUUGGAAAGAAAGGCAUGGGUUGCAAACUAUGAACGGCCAAGGAUGAAUGCCAAUUCGCUAUUGGCCAGCCCCACAGGGUUGAGUCCCUAUCUUCGGUUUGGCUGCUUGUCUUGUCGCUUAUUCUAUUAUCGGCUUUGGGAACUUUACAAAAAGGUGAAGCGGAACAACACUCCACCUUUGUCGCUCUACGGCCAAUUACUCUGGAGGGAAUUUUUUUACACAGCUGCCACAAAUAACCCUAAAUUUGAUUGCAUGGAAGGCAAUCCUAUUUGCAUCCAGAUCCCAUGGGAUAGGAAUCCUGAAGCUUUGGCAAAGUGGGCAGAAGGCAAGACAGGUUUCCCUUGGAUUGAUGCAAUUAUGACUCAACUGAGACAGGAAGGUUGGAUUCACCACCUGGCCCGGCAUGCUGUAGCCUGCUUUCUAACCAGAGGUGACCUUUGGAUCAGCUGGGAAUCUGGAGUGAGGGUAUUUGAUGAGCUGCUUCUGGAUGCAGAUUUCAGUGUAAAUGCAGGUAGCUGGAUGUGGCUUUCCUGUAGUGCUUUCUUCCAGCAGUUUUUUCACUGCUAUUGUCCUGUUGGAUUUGGGCGUCGUACAGAUCCCAGCGGUGACUACAUUAGGCGGUAUCUACCCCAAUUGAAAGGUUUUCCAUCACGCUAUAUCUAUGAGCCCUGGAAUGCCCCUGGUUCAGUUCAAAAGGCAGCAAAAUGUAUAAUUGGGGUAGACUAUCCCAAACCCAUGGUGAACCAUGCAGAGACCAGUCGACUAAACAUUGAACGCAUGAAACAGAUUUAUCAACAGCUCUCAAGCUACAGAGGCCUUUGUUUAUUAGCCUCUGUCCCAUCCUGUAUAGAGGACUUUAGUAAUAUAACAACAAACCUUCCUUCAGCCCAUGGAAGCUGCAGCAAUACAAUAUUAAGGCAGUCCCAGUGUACUUCUCCAAAACGGAAAUGUUAUGCUGGGGAAGAAAACAGUGAAGAGCUCCACAAAAGAGCAAGGAUGAUGAUACACCAGGGAUCAAGGAACCCACAACAAGAACUUUUGCAAAUUGAAUUUGGAAACUGACAAGACAAAAAUAAUGUCACAGAAUGGCUAAUGGAGUAAUAGGGAAGUAUUUUCAUAUGAAGAAUCGCAACACCAAACAGCAAUUUCAUUUGGUUAGGCUGUUGAAUGCACAAUACACAAGGACUCAUAAUCUCUUAUGAAAGAGGCAGUGAACAGGUUUUGUCAAUAAACAUAAUCUCAGUAAACAAA